AUGUCAGAAGAAGCUUCACUGUCUCCACUUGACUUUUAUGAACUUAAACAUGUUAGAACUAUAAAAGUUAAUACAUAAGCUGAAAGGAUUCAAAAGAAAAGAACUCUAUUGUAUUAGAAUAGAGAAAUGUUAGAAAAAGAAUAUCAAAUAUUGAAUCAAAGCUGUAAUUGUUCUGAAUGUGGGAAAGGCACUAAAUAUUUCGAAAUGAUAAAAAAACAAUAUCCUUUCAAUGAAUCAAGGUAUUAAUAUAUAAAAUUGAAGAUGGCAGAAACGAAAAAGAAUAUUAAAGAGAUUCAAAGCUGUAAUUAAUGCAAUAAUCUUCAUCCUAACCUAUAAAAUGGAAGCAAUUAAAAAAUUCAGGAAGAGAAUGCAUCUUCUAAGGGCUGUUCGAAAUUUGACAACUUUAAGAAAACCAUAAUCAGUUGUUCCAGCUCAUUUAUAACCAUAACCUGUCCUUCUGUUACCUUAAUCACAUCAAUCACAAAGGUAAAAUAAUCAUUAAAUGCUUAAAGGUUAAAAACUGCACCUGAUAAUCAUGAUUCUUUUGGUCAUUAAAUUUUAAGUCAUGGAAGAGAGUCAAGAAAAAGUCAUAUAUCUUAAUAUAUGACAAAAAUGUUAAAAGAUACAAAUCCUAAAUUAGAAGUCUAUCUUAAACCUUUGAGUAUUGUAAAUCGUAAGUCAUUUCAAUCAACAAAUGCAAAAUCGAUAACUUAAACUUCAUUUUCACCUCAUACUCACUGCCAUUUUUAAUCUAGUUUAAUAUAAUAAAGUCAUUUUCAUAAAGACUCAAAUAAACAAACUAACAAGGAUUAUUAUAAAAUGAAUAAUCGAGAUCUUGUAAAACUUAUAGAUUCGAUGAAAGUUAAACAUAGAUUUAUUAAAUGUAAAAAAUGA